CUCCUUACUCAUCCACACAAAAAACACUCUCCAUCCAAAUGACUAACUCUUUAUACAUAUUCACUCUUCUCGCCAUAUUUUCAGCCGCCGGAAAAUGGGUUUCCGGCCAGGGCCGAGUAGCGGAUGUUGUGACCGAUCAAUUCUUCAACGGGAUUAUCAACCAGGCUGCGCCAGGUUGUCCUGGCCGGACCUUCUACAGUAGGUCCGCUUUUCUUCAGGCCCUCGGCUCAUUUCCGAGGUUCGGAACUGAGGGGUCGCCGGAAAAUGCUAAGCGCGAAAUUGCCGCCUUCUUUGCCCAUGUCACGCAUGAGACUGGACACAUGUGCUCCCGAGUAGAGAAAGACGGCAAGUCUCGAGACUAUUGCGACGAGACCAACCGACAAUGGCCAUGUGUGCCGGGCAAGGGUUAUUACGGCCGAGGUCCAUUGCAGCUGUCGUGGAACUACAACUAUGGUCCGGCCGGGCGAGACAUAGGAUUCGAUGGUCUGAACAACCCUGAAAUCGUUGCUAGAGAUCCUGUUGUAUCCUUCAAGACAGCCCUGUGGUUUUGGAUGAGGAACUGUCAUAAUGCCAUAGUUUCCGGACAAGGAUUUGGCGCGACAAUUCGCGCCAUCAAUGGACAGCUCGAAUGCAACGGGGCGAGCCCGGCAACCGUCACUGCCCGCGUCAAUUAUUACAAGGAUUACUGCGGUCAAUUUCGGAUUAAUCCGGGGGGUAAUCUUCGAUGCUAGAGAAGAUAAUUUAGAUUGUGCCAAGAACAAAUAGUAAUGAAUAAAAACCUCUACUCCAUAUUGUAUACUUUGAGGUUUGAAUAGGGGUGAUAUCAUAGUAGAUCGGGUAUGUUUGAAAUUUUACUCGGACCUGACCCAUUUAUUUGGAUCGGAUCUAGUUAUUAUCGAAUUAGGUAUGAGUUGGAUCUAAUAACAAAAUAAUGUGAUAAAAUCAAAUCCUGAAUUUUGUUUCA